CCAACCACGACCAUUUCUUUUCUUUCAUUUCGCGACGGAUGUAUGUACAAUGAAGUGGGAGGUGCCUUAAGUUCUGUUGUCCUAUUUUAAAAACAACUAGUGCCUUAUUAAGAAAGACGAUUCUCUAGAAACAGUAUUCUUUGCAUGCUUGUAUAAUUAUCACUGGUAUGAGUUCCCCAACUGCAGAUGAUAAAAGUGGUGAUUUGGGCAUAGGGAAGUCACCUGUUAAGAAAUGGGUUCAGUUUGAGGAAGAUGAGAAACAGAAGAAUGACUCAGAAAACUCUGUGUCACCCACUAAAUCUAUUGGGACAGAGAGAAAUGGCAGUGGAGGGGGUGUGAAGCCAGUCAGUGUGGAGACGCCGGUGGUGGUGCCCCCGGUAGCUGGGCCAGGACAGUACAGCGGGGCCGUUAUAGCCACAGAGUCUGUACAUGUCAGUCUCAACCGCAGCGUGACGUCUCCGGGCAAUGACACAACUGACACAGCCAUUAACAUGCGGACAGUGGACUUGCAGAACGGGAAAGCGGCUUCUACCGGAGUGAUACGGCAAGGCUUUGCCAACGGUGACAUCAUUGUGACUCUUUUACCAGUCAAUGCCAGCAUGCCAUGGAUCACCCCAGCCAAGUUCAGACCCGAGCUGGUGCCGGAGGAAUUGAUGGCGCAAGGCCUCACACUGACAGUUGAAGACUAUGUCAACAUCAUGGAUCUGCUGGUCAACGAUGUUCGGUUCAGUGUUUACAACAUCUGCUACAAGCGAGUGUUGGUCGUGUGGAUAUUCACAGCGUUUGUUAUUCUCCUCGCCCUCCUUUUCUCUGGCCUGACGGGACUGACAUUGUUCGGUCUCGGAGUCAUGUGGCUAGUGUUCAAUGCAGCCGCUAUUUUCUUCUGCAUGUGGAUCAAAAUCAAGUUGAACCAUAACUUGGAAAGAUGCAUGGCAAAUGUGAACAAACAUCUUUUGAAACACAAGAUAAUUCUAGGAUUGGACGAUAGAGGGAAGAUAUCCUGCCACAAAGUCAACCUCUGCUUCAUAUACUUUGAUACAGCAGAUUGUGUGAAAAAGCUCCAAGAAGUGAUAGAGAGGGAGGAGGCAGAAGGUCGGCCUGUCAGUCAAGAUGAAGCUCCAGACAAGAAGAGAAGACAAGAGCUGGUGCAGAGGAUGGACAUUGACGAUCAGGACAUCAUUAUACAAGGGAGCAAUCCCACCAGGCUCUCAAGAAAACAGGAGAGGGCGCAGAUGCUGCUACUCCGCUACUCAUCACGUUGGGUCAAGCUGUACGUGCGACAGCGGCUAGACCUGUGUGUGGACCAAUCGCAUGGCACACCACCACCACGCCACUGUGUCUCGUCUCGGUGUCCGUGUCAGUUCAUCGAGGAGCAUCUCAAGUACAAGCCCAGAGGUACCUUCACACAAUAUGAUCCUGCCAUGUUACACCUUGCUUGCUAAGGAUGGAAAGAUGUUUACUGUGGAAUUGGACCUCCUACUGAUGAUCCACACUUCAACAUGGGCCUUAUGUACUGAUACGCCUCAGUGCCUCAUAAGACUAGUGCCUAACACCUGAAUGUGCAUUGAUUUCUCACACUUCUGUUACCAUAGCCAUACGACCGUUUUAGUGAAGCCUUAAAACAUUUGGAAUUUUGCCGUCCAUUUUAUUAAACUUAUUGAUAAGUAAUUAUUUCAGUAUUUUAGUGUUGUAUGUGGCUUAAAUACUGUCACACUUUUAUUCUAAGUUGUUUAGAUGUUUUUUAACUUUAGUAAUUGGUAAGGAAUCUAUACAUGUGAUGAAAGUUUAGAUGUGUUAAAUUUUUCUGGAAUGCACACGGUUUUUCGUAGAAUAUUAAUAGUUGAAUAAUAAAAUUAAUUUUAUUUACUUUGUAUCACCUUUUAGUUUUACAUUUUUGCAAUCAACCUUUUAUUAUUGUAAAGUGGUGUGAGCCUUCCAUGUUUUCACUAACUAAGAGAAAAUAUAUGCAACUUUUUAUAAUGGAGUAAUAAAAAGAAAGUAUUAAAGUAUAACCAGUAGGAUUUAUGUCAACAUACAUCAGGUACUUUUGUGUUUAAGACUUGGGAUUUCACUAAAGCAAUUUCACUAAAAUGUUUGUCAAAACUAUUUUUGAUUGAUAUUGAAUACCGUAUAUGAUAUAUUGCAUUUCUUAAGACAUAAAUUUGUAUUUUCUAUAUUAAAAUAAUGUACGUCCUGUAUAUCACUAGGUUUAUUUAUAGUUUAUUUUAUUGGACAUUAUAUAAUACUUGUCUGUGUUUAAUUGUUUAAUAUUUUACAAUUUUUAUUGUUUUUAAUUAUACAAGUAUUUUAAAAAGGAGGCUAAUGUAAUCAUGAAACUUUGUAUAAUAUUUGAAUAUUUGAAUCUCUCCUUAUAACAUUUUAACCUGAUAUGUAUUAGAAGCACAAAUCAAUUGUGUAUAUAUUUUCAAAGUCUUUGCGAAGCAGUAUUCUAUCAAGUUAUCCCAACCUAUUGGAUUUAUCCAAGCUAUUUGUGUAUAAAUGUAUUGUUAUUUUUGUAGACUUUUUAAGUUAAGUGUUAUAAUGAGUAUUAAAGCUUUAAAAAAUUUAUAUGGGGAAAAUCUAUAUAAAGCUUAACACAGUUAGGAACUCUGCUUAUUGGGAACUGUUUGUAAAGAAAUAAUUUUACUUUAUCAAGAAAUUGUUUUUAAGGAUGUUUUACUUAACUUUAAAUCAUGCAAUAAGCAGGCUUUUACUAAAUGUAUUCAUUAAUUGCAUGGUAAUGUAAUGUUUGUAAUGUUAUGGAUGUAAACUUAUUAUUUCUUCCUCCUGGUUAAUUAUUAGGCUAUAGUUGUAUCUUAACUAGUUACAACCAUGAGAAAUGUUUAUUGUACAAACAAUGAAUACAAGAGCAUUUAAAACACACAGAAUUAGCGAUUUAUUAUAAAUGUGUGUUUAUCAUGUUUUAAAAAAAGGUUUUAUUGUUGUUUGUUGUUAAGAAUAAAUAUAUUG